GGGAGCUCUCUCAGGAGAGGGUGAAAGCCAGUGAGCCGACUACGAUGAAGGACGUUCAACCAAUGCUGUCCAACCAGGCUCCAAAGAGUCUCGCAAGGGGUCUAAAGCAACGCAGUGGUGCCACUGCAGCACGGACUGAAAAAAAGAAAGCACGGGCUAAGAUUGAUACAGGCCUCAGGAAAGUAGGAAGCAAGGAUGUGGUGGAGACGAAGCAUAAAAAGAAAACAUCUGCAAAAGAGAAGGAGAAUAGACCCUUGGAGAAAAAGCCUACAUCUAAACCUGCAAAAACCUCAACCUACGAAGAUGAGGACUACUUGACAAGGGUAUAUGGUAAGGCAAUACAUUCACCUAAGAGGCGAACCAUGAAAACAGGACCUUACCUCCGCUACAACUACUCGCCCCCCAGGCCAAAGAGUAUGCGCCGGCCAGCAGUGCAAUUAAUCCAAGGCCCAAAAGUAAAAUCAACUAAAACUCAGACACAGCCAGAGAGGGCGCCAGAGAGGGCGCCAGAGCUGGAGCCAGCUGAGCACCAAUUCUAUUUCAACCCAAAUGUUCACCCAUCCAUAAACCAGCCCAGUAGCAGUGGGCAGGAAAUAGAAGCACCAACCCAGGGACAGCUUAUCCCGAUGGCUAUUCCAUUAAGGGAGCCUAGAACUGGGGGUGCAGUAUUACCACUGUUGAUACGUAGAAGAAGAGUUGAUGAUGAUGAAGAUAGUGAUGAUAGCGAUGACACUAUAGAGGGGGCUGCUCAUAGUUCUGAUACCAAUGUGUUUACUGAAAUUGAGUCUCAAUUGAAACCAAAACAACACUUAAAAAUACAGUCAAUGCCAAAUAUAGACAUACAACCCACAAAACAACCCCCCAAAAAUAUAGAAAUAAUAGAAGAAAAUCAGGAGGAACUAGAAGAAGAUAAGUUGGAGGAUGCAGCUGUACCAGGCUAUGACAAGUCCCCACAGUUCCAAGAUUAUGUUGCUGUUGCCGAUGGGCAAAUGGAGGAUGAUACAAUUGAUGAGCUACCAGAACCAGGGAUAGCAAUUACUGGUCAGCCCCACCAUGAGUCACAAUACCAUGGACCAGCUUUCCCUCCUCAACCCCCACCUCCAUUGACAGAAGAUCUCCCAUCAAACGCUAUAGCCUCAGAUAUUAGAAGGAAGGAGCUGCUUCAAAACCAAGCCGUUCAAUGGAUCGAACAAGAACUAAUGGCACGAAUGGUGAGUGACAUGUACCAAAGGCAGGAAGAUAUGAGGGCACAUGAACUGGAGGAAAGAUGUGAUGAUCGGGAAGAUAGUGUGUCCGAGGUUUCCUCCCAGGAUGCAUUUGUGGAUCGAGUAGGUGGUCCGGCGGGACUGCAGUUGUUUGUUGAUGCAGGGCAACCAGUGGACCAAGGGCUAGUGGAGAACCUCAUCAGAGAAGCAAUAGCAGAGAGAAUUGCUGCAACCCUCAGCCAGCAAGAGAAGGAGAGAUCACCAAUGAGAGAGGUUAUCCAGGUUAAUACUGAGAGUGAUACAGAACAGGAAUAUGUAAAAGGACCAAUUAAAACACCUGAAGUGACUCCAGUGACCACUCCAGCAGGAUCACCCCCAGUAAAGAGAUCACUGCCAUCCACUCCUGCUGAGACACCAACUUCAUCAGAAAGUGAGAGUGUGCAAGAACUCAUGGUGUCCAUGCCCAGAGAAAUAUCAGCAACAGAUGAUGACUUAGCGGCAACUAUUGCUGGUCCUGCAAGUCCUGUGAGGACACCUGUGCAGACACCACCGCCAUCUCCACCAUCAAGACCAUUAACACCAGAUGCAUCACCACCCCCUCCUGUGUCCCCAGCUGCAGAAUUACAGUCAACAGCUAGCCUUGAAAAAUCACCCAGCCCAGAGCCUUGGACUCAGGAGUCGCCUGUGGCAGAAGAGGCAUUGUUGGAUCAGACUGGAGAGGCAAGCCCUGCCCAAGGUGCCGUAGCUCCAGAUUUGGAGAAUGAACCAGACAGCCUGGCUCAUGUGACCCCACUGCCAUUGACUCCCAGUCCACUGAAGGCACUUCCAGACACACCAGUAUAUCAAUCACCAGAGUCUUCUGAAAGCAGCGAGUCCACUCAUGACUUCACAAGUACUGAGACUACUGACAGACCAAUCUCCGAGGGCGAGUGGCUUAAUGGACGCAGCGAAGGAGAAAUUAUUCCACGUGUUGUGAGGAACGGAGUUUACGUAAGCUCAUCGGAUGACACUGUACUGCAGACCGAAGAGAUGGAGGAUCUCACAAUGGAUGAGCCUCCUAGUGAGGGUGAGGUCUUGCCAAAGAAAGUACAUUUCCAUGGUGAUCCUGUCCUUGCAAUAUUGGCUAGGAUAAACCAACAUCCACCGGGUCGUAGGUCACAAGCUAACCAGUCCAUGAUCGAUAGUGAACUUAGCCUUGGUGAAGUUGGUAUCAGGCAGAGACUUCAUCCAUCAAUUGCCAAUGAUGGGUUACCCUCUGCAGGACAUCUUAACCUUGGCAGGCAUCACCAGCAAUCAGACUCGGAAAUGGAAGCUGGUGAAGUUGUCAGAAGAAAAUCAUCUAUGAAUGGUAGAACAUCCCCUGGUGAGGUCAUCCUAACUAGAAGAGAACCACAAAUAGAAGAUUUCACUCUGAGAAUGUCUGAAUUGAGGGUUCCUAACCCACACUCUAGGGAACCGUCAGCUGAGGCUCAAGUGGAUGAGGACCCAAAGCCUCCUGAUAAGCUGCCCAGUAAGAUACCAGUAGCUAAGCCUAGAGUGAUCCAAGUUGCCAGCAAAUCAUGGUCGCCACGGUCACCGGAAGCACCAGUAGGUAAGGGAGUUGGGAAGCAUUCUGCAAGCAAGGAAGACCAGCCUAACGAGGAAGCCCCACCACAAGCCGCAGAGGUUGGCGGUACACAAACAUUACAGGAUUUUGAUACACGAACAUUGACGCCAGAUGUGCUAAAUAUGGAUGCCUACCUACAAUCAGGAUAUCUGACACAAACUUUCAGCCAAUCAGAGCCAGCCACAAGUGACUUUGAACAAACAGGCACUUCAGUUGCACAGAAUCGAACAGGAUUCGGUCUUUCUCAAACUCUAAGCAACAACGGAGGUGCAACUUUAAAUAUGUCACUAGAUUCUUUGGAAAUGUCACAGGAUAAGUUGCAAAACGGGAAAGGAACACGGAAGUUUAUGGUAACCCUACCAACAGCACAUGAGCUUGAGGCUAGCCUGUCUCAAAGUGAUGUAGAAAUUGAAAAAGAUGAGGAUGAAAUCAGCGAUGUCUCUGAGAUUUUUUGAGCUAAAUUUGGCUUUUCAUAGCUGCCAAGAAUUUAAAUAUCUAUCAGUGACUGCAGUGCUGUCUGUGAUGUUUUACAUCACCCACCCAGUGUCAGCACCAACAGAGGUCAGAACCAAGUGUCACAUGAUAGGAUCUAUGCUACAUUAGAACCUAAAAGAAAGAGGUUUCAGAUUCUAAAUCAUUCAGUAUGAAAUACUCUUUAGGCUUAGAGCAAUUACUCAGUCAGGUUUUGGUGGUUGUUUCUUCUUUUGAUGAAGGUAAAGCAGACCUUCUACUACAACUACAUAUCAUGCUAUUGCUUUUAUUAUGAGAUAUAUAAAUAUAUUUUACUUGGUGUAACCAGGAAUAAUUUAUGAAUAUUUGUUGUACCCAAAAUAAUUGUACAUAUGUAAUUUAUAUAAAGAAAAGCAUAAUUAUUUAAUUUUUACAUUUAUGCAAAAAUAUUGACACUAAUAGCACCAUAGAGAUAUUAUCUAUAAUACCUCCAUGAUAAUACUGAUAUUGCAUUCCUAGAUAGAAGACUAAUAAUAAACUAAUAAUUCCAUUAUUAUUUUGCUUAUAUGUUAUUGACUUUUCUACAACAGCAGAAAAGCUGUUCUGAUAUUUUAUUUGUUUUUUUUACCCUCCACUUUGGCCACUUUCCGCACUUGGAUCUUCUUCAAACUUUGUCCAAGCAAAGACCAUACAAUAUAUCAAAGACUUGCCCAGUAAAAUCAUCAUUAUAGAUAUAUACUACUGUCUGUGUAUCAACAUAAUUUAGUAAUGACUGCCAUCUCAUUUCCUAUGUUGAUUUUAUGUAGUUUGACUUCUGUUUGUAUUUGUCUGGGUGUUAAAAUAAAAGAAAAAUAUUUUCUACCCAAAUCUAAGGGAUGUGUGAUUUUCAGCCAGUUUAGUGCCUAAGCUGCGAUUCUGGUACUAUUUACAGCUCUUUAGUUUACGUUAUUAUUAUAUGUUUACACAUGAGUCAUCAAAGAUUUAUGUAGUUGACUAAUCUAAAUAAAUAAAAUACUGUAAGUCAUGAUAAGCAGCUGCAUGGAGUCUAGCAAAGGUUGAAUACUUUCUUUGUCUAUUGUUGACAUUGUUCCUAAAAAUGCUCCACAAAUCAAUCCUUUACAUCUGGUCGCUAAAAAGUUGUCAUUUUAUUGAUAUUCUAUAUCGGGCCAUACAAUGGUAUUGUAAGGUUGAUUGUGUAAUAUAAAGGAUACAUUGCAAGCACAGGGCAAAUCAACAGCAAAAAUUUACACUGUACCAACAGUGUACAGUAUUAUAAACCAAUAAAUACUAUCUAGAUUCUGUUUGGGUAUACACUGUUGAAUUGAUUUUCGGUUAUUUCUUGAUUUGCAAUAAGAUAUAUGUCAACAGUAUUAAAUAGUAUGCAAGUUAGCAUGUUAGGUAGCAUGCACCAUCCCAAGCCCCUGCAGCUUACAUUAUUCCCCAGGACAGGUUAAAGGAUCAAACACCUACGGAACACAUUUCUAGCGAUUAUUUUAGAAAGUUGUAGGCUAAUAAAUCAACACAUUGGCAUUUAAACCUACUAGGUACCCGCUUGUACUGUGCUUGGGUGGAAAGACAUGUUGAUGCAAGUGCCUAGAGUAGCUCAUGAACACACAAGUGGUCAGCCUUAGGCCUUGUCCACACUGAUCAAAUUUUAUUUGA